AAUGAGGAGGAGGAUAAAAGAGUACGAAUUUCUGAUGGCUCAAUCCGUCAUUGGAAUCGUCUUUGCAGCUUAAUCGAGGGCGUGUUCAGUCCAAUUCGUCUGGUCUCUGAGUCGUUCCCACGCUCUCGCCUUAGCUGCUGCCACUGUCGGGGAGUGUUCGGAGCUUCAUUUCUCCCACAGCUUCUCACCAACCCAUCGCUACCAAGCAUCACUUGCAGAUGUACUCCAACUAACCCUAAUUCCUUCUCCACUCACUCGCUCACCGUCUCAUCAAACCCACCUUGGUUCCCACCACAAGCCCUAGAAAAUGUCGGGCGGCUUUUUCCGGGGUACGUCUGCGGACCAAGACACUCGUUUUUCGAACAAGCAAGCAAAGCUGCUGAAGACACAGAAGUUCCCGGUUGAACUAGAACAGUUGGUGGAUAUGACAAAGGUGAAGAUGGAUGUUAUCAAGCCGUGGAUUGCUACGAGGGUGACUGAGCUCCUUGGGUUUGAAGAUGAAGUUCUUAUUAACUUCAUAUACGGCCUUUUGGAUGUCAAGGAAGUAAAUGGGAAGGAAGUUCAAAUACAACUCACUGGGUUCAUGGAAAAGAAUACUGUGAAAUUUAUGAAAGAGCUUUGGACACUACUCCUUAGUGCCCAGAAAAAUGCCAGUGGUGUCCCUCAACAAUUUUUGGAUGCCAAAGAAGAAGAAAUUAGAAAGAAGAAGGCAGAGUCAGAUUUUCUUGCAAAUGAAAUUCAGAAAAAGAGAGAGAAGGAAAAUCGAGAAAUUGAGGAGCAGAGAUCGAAGAAGAUGGAUGAUGGGGCUGAAAAGGUGGCCGCUUUGGAGCCUACCUCAAAGAAUGUGCGCUCAAGGGCUACGAGAAAUCAUUCAGAGGAAGAGGAAGGGGCUGAAAAGAGAAAUGGUUUUAGGGGAAGAAGCAGUGAUAGACACAAGUCAAGAAGCAGAUCUCGAUCACCUCAACGACGACGGAGCUCUUUUUCACGAGCAAGAUUGUCUGCAAGUCCACAUCGAAGGGAUCGUCGUGAUUCAUUCUCUCCCCGACGUAGAACACCAUAUUCAAGGAGAUCUAGAUCUACUUCACUUCGUAAAUCUCGUUCUCCUUCUCAACAUAGCUCACCAUCUCCUCCUCGUAAAUCACCAUAUCGAUCACCACCACCUGUACAACGUCGAUCAUCAUCACCUACCCGUCGAAGGUCACCAUCAGUUGAUAAGCAUAAGAGAUCACCAUCACCCGUAGGCCAACGUAGGUCACUGUCACCUAUAAGACGUCGUCGUUCACCUUCAGGUAUUCGACGUCGUAGAUCACCAUCACCUAAAUGGCGUCGUAGAUCACCAUCACCUAAAUGGCGUCGUAGAUCACCAUCACCAGAGUGGCGUCGUAGGUCUCCGUCACCUGGACGACGUCGUAGGUCACCAUCUCCUAUACGGCGUCGCAGGUCGCCAUCUCCUAUACGGCGUCGAAGGUCACCAUCUCCUAUACGACGUCGAAGGUCACCAUCCCCACCACGGCAUCAUAGAUCACCAUCUCCACACCGCCGCAAGUCACCUUCUUUUGCACGUCGUCGUAGAUCACCAUCUCCAUCACAUCGUCGAAGAUCACCAUCUCUGGUAGGCUAUGGUAGAUCACGCUCACCUGUUAGACGCCACAAGUCUCGCUCUCCAGUACGACGGCGUUUGUCAACUUCCUCCUCACCAGUAAGGAAAUUGGAUAGGUCAUCACCACUUGAUCAUCACAGAACACCUUCACCCCUGGAACAUAGAUCUCCAUCAACCCCAUUGAGCAAAUCACCUCCAUCACCACUAAGGUCAUCUCCAGCACGCCUCAAGAGAUCAAGUCCAUCUCGACGUAGAUCCAUUUCACCAUAUGAUCGGAGUUCAUUGGAGGAGCAGGGAAACCUUUCGCCUGUCAAAAGAAAAUCUGCACAUCAGAGGAGGUCUCUCUCUCAAUCUCCCGGCAGAAAUGUUCAGACAUCCCCAGCAUCCCAACAACCUUCUAGGUCAUUGAGGUCACCAGAAAGGAAUUCUAGGGAAGGGAACAAUUCCAAUACCAGAACAUUGGCUUCACCAUCGUCUUUGGAGAAGUCUCCAGCACUAACAGAUUCUCCACCAGUUACGAGGAGUGCUAGCGAUGAUAGGAGGUUAAGUUCACCACGAUCACGGGCAAAGCAGUAUCGUCAUGACAGCCGUUCAACAAGGACAAGGGAAGACGAGGUCGCUUACGCUAGGGAGAGUGGGAAUAGAAAGUCCCUGAAUUCUUCCAUUGUCGGUAAGACGAAAAAUUCUCCUGUGGAUGCCAAAGUUCUCUCACCUGGAAGUAGUAAGCAUUCUCGAAAGGAGGCGCCUGCAAGCCCCGAUGUACAAAAAUCUUCGUCAUCACACAAAGAAGGUAUGAAACAGGAUGAAACGAGCCAUUCGCUCCCAAGUAAGACCAAGGAAACUGAGCAUUUGACAGUUGAAAAAGUUGAUCAUAAUAACCGGGACGAGGCUUCAGAUUCUGAUUUGGAGGAAGGCUAUAAGCGUAAAACUGGAAGUAGGGAGAAGAAAAGACACAGAAAAUCAGACAGACACGGCACUUCUUCGGACUCUGAAGACAGCUAUGAUACUGAAUUGGAGAGGAAGGAAGCCAGGAGGAGGAAGAAGGAGGAGAGGAGGUUGCGGAAGGAGAAGAAGCGCCAAAAACGCGAAGAGCGUAGGCGGAAAAAGGAAGAGCGGCGUGCAGAGAAGACAAAAGCUAAGAACCUUAGUGAUGAUGACUCAGAUGAUGAUCAAGUUGCAAAAGACGAGUCUUAUAAGCGUAAUGGCGCAGAUGAGGCCGAGCACAAAAGACUAGAGAUCGAGUUAAGGAAGAAGGCACUGGAAUCGUUCAACGCGAGGAAAGGAAGAGGCCCUGAAUAGUCUGUAUCAAGUAAGUAUCUUUUUCAAAUUUCAGAAUAGUCUGUAUUAUGAAGCACAUCUUUUCACAUAAGAGGUACAUUGUCAUCUGUAACUUCCCUUUAAGCCAUGCGGCUGAAUUCACAAAUGGUGAUUUCUUGGAUGUUCCUUUGAACGCAAACUUUAAUUAAGUUUCCAUAUGAUGGAAAGACAAUUACCCUCUUGCCU